AUGGUUGUUGUUCAGGCCUCGAAGCUCAACCUCCCAAACCCUUCUCUCUCUUCCCCUCACAUAACCUCUCUCCUCUUCGAGCCCACCUCUCUCUCUCUAGCCCUUAUGCACUCCGACUCCUCUUUCUCUCUCUACCCCUCUCUCUCUCCUCUCCGCAUAUCCUCCUCCCUCCCUCCCCCACAGACCACCGUCCCCGCACCAUGUUCUUCCUCUACAUUCGUCCUCCUGCAAAACCCUAAUUCCGCCGAGCCCCGCCCCCUGUUCGUCGCCUCCGGUCCCCACGCCGGCGGGUCCCGCAUCCUCCUCCGGUUCUAUAUUCUGCAAGGGAAGAAGCUUUUCCAUAAGGCUCGAGUCGUCUGCAAUCAGAAAGACUUCCAAUUUGUGGAGAGAUUUGGGGUUUUGGUUGAUUCCGUCCAUGGCGUUUCGGUCAAGCUCGCUGGAUCGGUCAAUUUCUUCGCCAUGUACUCGGUCUCCGGCUCCAAGGCUUGGAUUUUCGCGGUGAAAUUGGUGGACGACGAGGUCGUGAAAUUGAUGAGGUGCGCAGUGAUCGAGUGUUCGAAGCCGGUGUUCUCGAUUACUCUUUCUUUCGGAGUCUUGAUCCUGGGCGAGGAAUGGGGAGUUAGGGUUUUCAAUUUGAGGCAGCUCGUCAAAGGAAGGGCUAAAAAGGUUAAGAAUUUGCAGCCCAAUUCGAAAUCUGACGGUCGAAAAUCGCGUUUGCCGAAUGGCGUUAUUGGUGCUGAUGUGCUUGGUGAUUUGAAGGAUUACGUGCAUUCUGAAGGCGGCGAUCGGUGCGGCAAAUGCGUCAUUGAAGGGUCUUCGGAGAGAACUUGCAAUUGUUAUUUAGACGGAAAAAGCAAUAGGCAUCUUGUUUCCGUAAAACAGAGGGCUGUAAGAUUAAGGCAAGAUUCCUCUGAGGCGGGAGCAUGUUUUCUGGCAUUUAGUGGCAAGGAUGUUGAGGCAUCAAAGUCAAGGGUGAUAACAUCCGUGAAGGCAAUUUCUAUUCAAGCAUUGUCCCCAAAAAAGUUUCUAAUAUUGGACUCAGCUGGGAAUCUACACCUUUUGUGCUGGUUCAACCGUGUAACUGGAUCAGACAUGACCCCUCACAUCCGACAGUUGCCUCAAGUUACAAAUGUGCAAAAGCUGGCAGUUCUUGCUGAUAGCUCCAUUAGAACGCAAACCGUAUGGCUAUCAGAUGGUCACCAUUCUUUGCAUGUGGUAGCAGCAUCUGACAUUGUGGCUGCGGUCAGUGAAAAUGAUAGGACUGAGAAUGAGGAAAAGCUGAUGCAGAUCUCAGUUAUUCAAGCAAUUUUCGCUAGUGAAAAGAUUGAAGAUGUUAUUCCUUUGGCUUCAAAUGCUAUUUUGAUUCUUGGACAAGGUAGUUUAUACGCAUAUGCGGUUUCCUAAAAUGUUGCUCAGCUAUUAUCUCAUUUUCACUGGAUUCUAAGAUGAGGCCACACUAGAUGAUUCAUUGCAGUUUGGCAGAGCCUUUAUGGCUGUUCUCUUCGAAGUGUUUCCCUCAUCUGUUCCUGGUUGUUAGGUUCCUAUGCUUUUAUAUUGCCUAGUCUAUGAGCUACAGUUUCCUCAUAAAUUUGAUAGUGAAAAGGCUGUUGAGAACACUGAGCUCUUGGAGGUAAUAGAAUUGGGGACCUGUUGGAUGUUGCUUGUCUUGGAGGAAUGUGUUCGUCACCGUAAAACCCGAGUAAACAAACAUAAUCUCUAUUACGCUGCGAAUAUCUGAACGUGUUGCCUGUUGGUUCAUCUGUCUUCGCCCAUCGUUGCAUGCAUGUUUGAAUUUCGAAUGUUGCUAGCCGGAAGGAUGAAUCAGCAAUUCAGCUGAAGUUGAUAAUAAGAGGCGUGCAAGAUGCUGUUUUUAAGUUUUGAUGGUGCUGAAAAUUUGAGACAUCUGGAAACCUUUAACGUAUGUAUUGCAUGAAUGAUAAGUUUCAUAAUCUCAGACAGUAGACUUAGGAGGUAGCCGUUCACAGAAACAUUUACUGAGCUCGUAAUUUAUAAUGUUGUCUGUCUGGUACCUCUAGCAUAAUGACAGAACAUUAGCUGUA